UCAGACAGUUGUUGACACUGAGAGGUGAAAUGGCGCAGAAAGGAGUUCAGCUGGAUGAGGAAGCUGUUUCUUGUACCAUCUGUCUGGAUCUACUGAAGGAUCCAGUGACUAUUCCCUGUGGACACAGCUACUGCAUGGAUUGUAUUAAAAGACACUGGGAUGAGGAAGACCAGAGACAUGUCCCCAGCUGCCCACAGUGCAGAAAGAUGUUCACACUGAGGCCUGAACUGGUGACAAACACCAUGUUAGCAGUUUUAGUGGAGGAACUGAAGAAAACUGGACUCCAAGCUGCUGCUGCUGAUCACUGCUAUGCUGGAGCUGAAGAUGUGGCCUGUGAUGUCUGCACUGGGAGGAAACUGAAAGCCCUCAAGUCCUGUCUGGUGUGUCUGGCCUCUUACUGUGGGAAACACCUGCAGCCUCACUAUGAAUCAGCUCCAUUACAAAAACACAAACUGGUGGAGCCCUCCAAGAAGCUCCAGGACAACAUCUGCUCUCGUCACAGUAAAGUGAGGGAGGUGUUCUGCCGCACUGAUCAGCAGUGUAUCUGUUAUCUCUGCUCUGUGGAUGAACAUAAAGGCCACAACACAGUCUCAGCUGCAGCAGAAAGGACUGAGAGGCAGAGAGAGUUUUCUAAAAGGUAA